CUCAGGUCUCGCUUCCGCUGGUUUCCAGGCAACGCUGGCCCCGCCCCGCGAUGGCGCCUGAGAACCACGAGGGGCCCACGUCUCUGCUGCAGAGUUUCGAGCGCCGCUUCCUGGCGGCUCGUGCGCUUCCCACCUUUCCCUGGCAGAGCCUAGAAGAGAAAUUAAGGGAGCCCUCGGGUUCUGAGCUACUGCUGGCUAUUCUGCAGAAGACUAAUAUUCCUGCCAGCCUGGAUGGACAGGAAAGGGCCUGUGAGCUCAGGUUCCUGCACAGAGCUGUGCCAUUACAUGGAAAUGCGACGGUGAAGCACCCUGUGUGUGUACAGCACCUGCCAUCUGUGAAGUAUGCCCGCUGCUUUCUCUCAAAGCUCAUCAAAAAGCAUGAGGCUGUGCCCACCGAGCCUUUGGAUGCACUGUACGAGGCAUUGGCAGAGGUUCUGAUGGCCAAAGAGUCCACCCAGUGCCACCGGAGCUACUUACUGCCUUCAGGAGACUCAGUCACACUCUCUGAGAGCACAGCCAUCGUGUCCCAUGGCACCACAGGCUUGGUUACAUGGGAUGCUGCACUCUACCUAGCAGAGUGGGCCAUCGAGAACCCAGCAACCUUCACUGACAGGACUGUCCUGGAGCUAGGCAGUGGAGCUGGCCUCACAGGUCUGGCCAUUUGCAAGGCGUGCUACCCUAGAGCAUUCAUCUUCAGUGACUGUCACGAUCAAGUGCUUGAGCAGCUCCGUGGAAACGUGCUCCUCAAUGGCUUCCCUUUAGAGCUGCACACUCCCACUGACCCAAGCAGCCCAAAGGUGACAGUGGCCGAGCUGGACUGGGAUGAGGUGACAGCUUCUCAGCUCUCUGCUUUCCAGGCAGACGUUGUCAUUGCAGCAGAUGUGCUAUACUGUGGGGAAGUGACACUGUCACUGGUCAGGGUUCUGAAGAUGCUCAGCGACUGCCAGAGGAAGAAUGCUCCUGAUGUCUAUGUGUCCUAUACCAUCCGCAGCCAAGAUACCGGCAAGCUGUUCAUCACAGAGCUGGACCGAGCAGGGAUCUACUGGGAAGAGCUGCCCCCUCACGCCAGCAAGCUGUUUCCUUAUGAAGAGUAUUCAGCCAUCGUAAUCCUGAAGCUGGUGCUGAACGGUUGCCACAGUGUUGGAAAGUGACUGGAAACGAGAUCACUGUGGUGGGAAGAGUCCACAGGAAAGCUGAAAAGGCUCUUGUUAAAUUACAAACCACAAAGGUACAGUAAGCAUGGCUUUGAGUGCUGGUGCCUGCCCUGUCAGCUCGUCGAGAAUGGACACAGGCUCGGAGCAAGCAUUUCCAUUGUACUAAUAAAAACAUGAAUUUA